CUAUACAACAACAAGAAACAACCACAGAGAAAAGAACUUAUUUCCAAUGUUUUUGGGUCCACUUAAUCCAAAUCUGGCGUUAGUUUGUCCUGGCAUGUCUAGUUUUCAAGAUACAUUCAUUGCUGUUUCAGUAUCAGAUUUGGAUUAAGUGGGCCAAAAAAACCUUGGAAAUGAGUCUCCUCUUUUUGGGAGGAUUUCGUUUUCGAAAUUUAUUGCAUAGUGUUAUUAGACCUGAAUUAAUAAAUUCCAUAACUGAAAAAUAUCACAAUUCAUCAAUUAUUGAUUGCAUGGCACGUGUCAGCUAUCAGUAGAUGAAUGGUAUAAAAGAGGCAGCACCGCACGGGGAAGACAAAACGAAUUCAAAGGAUCUUCUUAAGGAGUACAAGACGGUUCUCUACUAUCAUUGUGCAACAGGUUAAAACUCUGUUUGGUUGGCAAAUUAAAAUGAAUCUACUGCACGGUUUGUUUUCGGUGCUAUUUAUCGUUGAAUUUUCGGAACUUCAAGGAAAACAUGGCUUUUUCUCACAAGCUCUUUUCAAGGGCGAAGUGAUUGAAAACAUGUCACAGGCAAAGUUUGUAGCUGGAAUCCUUGCCCCCACAAACCAUCCAAAUGAUGCCAAUACAAUAAUGAUGAGUACUUGUACCGCAUUUAUUCUGUCGAAAACGGAAAUUAUCACGAAUGCCCAUUGUGUGGAUGACGUCCCAUAUGUUUAUGUGGUAGCUGGUACGAAAGAUGUAUCAGAUGUAAACUCGAAAAUUAUAAUCGAAGUCGAAAAAGAGAACAUUGCAUGUCACCCUCAUUAUAGUCAUUUAAUUGCUGGUGCAUUUGAUAUUGCCAAAAUUACACUGAAAACGCCGUUAGAAUUCAGCGAUACCGUUGGUAGUAUCGGAAUCGUGGAUAAGGAUUACAAAUUGAAUGACCCAUCAGAAGUGGUCACUGCCUAUGGAUAUGGCGUGUUGAACAAUAUCAGACCGAUAUUGAGGCGUUGCGAUGCAAACUAUGUGUCUGAUGUCGAACGAGCCAACACAUUUAAUCCAAGUCAGACUUUGUGCUUUACCACUGGUGAAGCUACGAAUGAUGGCAAAAUUAUUACACACGGCGAUUCGGGUGGACCAGUCGUUUCAAAAACAAAUGGCAAAAUAGUGGGGAUAACAAUGGGUAUGAAUGGAACGACAGAUGGUCGCGGAUCGUUCCUUCCAAUUACUCUAUUUCUUGAUUUUAUUCAUGACCCAAAGAGCGUGAAACCAAUUUCACCUCCACUUACACCUAACGAAGCUAAAUUUAUAGCCGAUGUAACGGUACCGGCAAAAUUUCUUACUGCCUACAAGAAUGUUUAUGCAGAUGCUGACGAAGAUGUUCAACUAAAAUUUAAUGCAAUCAUUUUGUCGGAAACGGAAAUUUUGACCUGUGCGCAUAAUGUGUUCGGCGCUCCAUAUGUCUACAUAACCGCUAAUAAACUAUCAAGUAAUGCAACAAAACUUAAAGUCACUGAAGACCAGAUAGAAAUUCAUGAGAAAUACGCAUUAUCUGGAUUCGCAUUUGACAUUGCCAAGAUUACACUUAAAGAACCGUUGGAGUUCAACGAUAACGUCGGCAGCAUCGAUUUGGUGCACAAAGAUUACAAAAUGAAUGACCCGUCCGAAAUGGUAACUGUCUACGGUGAUACGGUAUUGGAUGGAACAAAGAGACCUAGGCGUUAUGAUACAAAGUAUUUGGAUGGCGCCAUUUGCAAACCGAAAGUGGGCGCUGUAUUUGAUGCAAAUCAUUUGAUGUGUUACACUUUAGAUGGGAGCAUGGGAACUCCCUUUACGUUUGGAGGUCCAAUGAUUUCGAAAAAGAAUAACAAACUCGUGGGCAUGACCAUAUGUCAUUCGCGUGGUAAGCCAGUUGUUUUUCAACCGAUUGCACCGUUGUUUGAUUGGAUCCGGAGCCCAAAUGUAAGACGUAAUCAAAGAAGAAGAAUAUAGGCUUGAAAAAAGGGGUUUCAGGCGCCUGAAAAAGCUGAAUACCGUCUCUUUUUUUGUUCUUGUCAUUUGAUGUUCAA